AUGCGAUCCACAAUAGUAUCGCUUCUGGCUCUGGCGCUGGUCCGGUUUGGUGCCGGCGUUCGCGGAGAUGCAUCAACUAACUACACGGACGCCCUCCUGAGUUCCGGCACGGUGAAGCUUGGUGACUGGCAAGAGGCAUUCGAUAAGGCCCACUCUUACGUCCAGACGUUGACCACGGCUGAGAAGGUGUCCAUCAUCACUGGAGGGGGCGCAAGAAACUUCAGUGCGAUCAUUAGGUUGAAUUCGGCUACGAGCCCUCUCAAACACUCCUAUGUGACGACCUGGCCUGGUGGAUCCUCGAUGGCUAUGACCUGGGACAAAGAUGCCAUGGAGGCCCAAGGGAGAGAACUUGGAUUAGAAUUCCGUGGGAAAGGGGUACAGAUGGUCCUGGCGCCCAGCCUCGAGCCGUUAGGACGCUCGGCAUGGGGUGGGCGUACGGGAGAGUCGUACGGCGCUGAUUCCUUCCUCAACGGCGCCAUGGGCGGCCUUUUCGUCAAGGGGGUCGGCAGUGCAGGUAUCAUCCCCAGCUCGAAACAUUUCAUUCUAAACGAGCAAGAGACGAACCGCAUGUUCAAGCUGCUCCCGGGAACCACUCUGCCCGUGAAGAAGAGGAGCCUAAGCGAACUAGCCGUGUCACGUAGACAGACGACCUCGACGACCUCGACCAAUUCACCAUCCACCGACGCUGACAAGGACAUCUCGGGAUACACCGUCACCAUCGACGACAAAGCCUUCCACGAGACGUACUUGCAGCCUUUCUACGACGCGACCAAGAAUGGAGUGGCCGGUACCAUGUGUGCCAUGAACAGUGUCAAUGGCUCGCAUGCCUGCGAAAAUCAAGUUCUCCUUGGAAAGUACUUGAAAGUGGAGCUGGGCAUGCCAGGCAUCGUCCAUGCCGAUGUUGGUGGACAACGCACUGCUUUCAAUGCUGCGAACGCCGGUCUGGACUACGGCGAGCCCGUAUUAUGGACCAACGCCACGAUAGUUGCUGGCUUGACCAACGGCAGCUUGACGAUGGAGCGACUGGAUGAUAUGGUGAUCCGUGGAAUGAUGGGCUACUUCCACUACAAACAAGAUGAAGCAUUCCCGGCCGAAGUUGGGUACUUCGACUAUGUCGAUGUGCGUGGCGACCACGCCCAGCGCGCCAGAUCAUACGCCGCUUCGUCCAUCGUGCUGUUGAAGAACACGAACAAUGCUCUGCCUCUGAGGGACCGACGCUCCGUCAGCAUUUUUGGUACCCAUGCUGCUCCACGCUAUGUCGGAGCCAACACCGCUCUGAUUGUCGUAGAAGGUGUUGGACCAACCAUGUCCGGACAUAUGACAACUAUUGGUGGAACGGCUAUGGCGAUGGCUGCUGACUACCUCGUGUCCUGCCAGGGCUCUUUGGCUUAUGUCACUACUCCCUUCCAGAAAUUUGUAGAGAGAGCUGAGAAAGAUGGCUUCAUGUUGAGAUGGUGGCUCAACGAUACUACAACGACGCGGGUCGAUUAUCUUACAGGUCAACUAGGCUCCGAGUUAGUGGAGUCCACGCUUGGUGUUGCUGCUGGAUCGGACGUCUGCGUUUGUUUCUUGAAUGCUUGGUCUGGGGAGGGUGCUGACCGCCUGGAGCUGGCCAAUGCCGAACAAGAUACUCUCGUCAAAACUGUUGCUGACAACUGUAACAAUCAGGCACUCAAUGUCCAGCGUACUGAAUUCUCGCGCGCAGGACCUCGCCUCGUCGACCAAUGGAUCUCGCACCCCAACGUAACAGGAGUCAUCUACGGUGGCCCGCUCGGCCAAGAGUCCGGAAAUGCAAUCGACGACAUCCUCUUCGGCGCCGUCAACCCCUCGGGCAAACUGAUUCACACCAUCGCCAAGAACGAGUCCGACUACGACAGCAACACUCGAAUCACCCUAGAUCUCGACAUUGAGUUUACCGAGGGCAACUACAUCGAUUACAAGUACUUCGACAAGUACAACAUCACCCCGCGCUUCGAGUUCGGCUACGGUCUCUCGUACACCACCUUCCAAUUCUCUCCCGAAGUCACCGUAUCGCCCCGGACCAGGGCUCUCGCCCAGGUCUACGCCGUCGGCGACCUGGCAGUGGGGGGUCGCGAGGACCUCUGGGACGUGGUCGCUACCGUCUCCAGCACGGUCUCGAACACAGGCAGCAUCGCCGGCGCGGAGGUCGCCCAGCUCUACGUGCAGUUCCCGGCUGCGGCCGACGAGCCUGCGAGACAGCUGCGCGGGUUCGACAAGGUCAUGAUCCAGCCGGGCGCCACCGAGCCCGUCACCUUCGAAUUGAAGAGGCGGGAUCUGAGUAUCUGGGAUGUGCGCGCGCAGAGCUGGAAGAUCGAGAGGGGGGAGUACGUCUUUUUUGUGGGGAGCAGCAGUCGGGAUCUCAAGGCUCGGGCUACUCUCACGGUUUAG